CUUUCAGAAGGCUAAAGGGACGCUGAAACUCCACACUUCAGUUUCCCAUAAUUCUUACUUACUGCUCUUCUUCCCUCUCGGAACUCGAUUCGCGUCUCAUCGGAUUUGCUCCACUGACCGGCUCCUCCAAAUUGACCUCCUCCUCCUUCACCUCCGCAGCAGUUUUCAAUCAAUCCCACCAAUAAGAUUAAUCAAGAAAGAAAUGGCGCUAGGGUUUCGCUGAAGAUCGGCGAGGGAAAAAAAGGCGCUUGGAGAGGAGAUCAAGGGCAAACUCCAAAGUCAUCUCGAUCCGCCAGUUGCAUCUUACAGGAACAACAUUCUUUCCCCUGGUGCUCUAGCUCUGGAUUGUUGCUGAAACUGUAGCAACUUGACCAACUCUCAGCUAAGCUUUCUUUGCUAGGUAGAAGUCUGCCUGUUCCAAAAUUCGCUUGACGGUCGACGACUUAGGAACUUUUGGUUGAUAACUCCGAUGAGACGUUGCAAUAGUGAUGCUGGAAGCCCUGAACCCGAGAACUUGACUGGAAAAGCAAAGAAGGCUAGUGCCAAAAAACGUUAUGUUCCCCAAAAGAAUUCCGUAGCAUAUGCAUUACUGAUCACACUUUACAGGGGGACUACAAAUGGCGAGGAGUUUAUGCGUAAGCAGGAGCUGAUCGAUGCAGCUGAAGCAAGUGGACUUUCUCGGGUGCCAAUAGCGCCAGAAAAGGGAAAAGGGAAGCCAACACGAUUUGGAAGUUCCCCAAGGGACUUGUACUCCGGAUGGAGCUGCAUGAAGACAUUGAUAACCAAAGAAUUAGUUGUCAAAUCGAGUUGCCCUGCAAAGUACACGAUAACACAGGAAGGACAAGACGUAGCGAGGGAAUGUCUGGUGAGAUCUCGCCUGCUGGACCCUAUGGAGACUUCAGCUCAUGCAAAGGAUUCUUCAAAUUUGGACAUUCGCAAUACAGCAGAUAAGGAAUCAACUCAGUCUACUUCAUCUCCUGAAGUUACUAUUCUAUCGGUGGACUUGACUCAACAGGAGAGAUCUUUUGAUCUUCCUCCUCAAUCCUUUGAAAAGUUUCUGCAUAUGGGUUAUUCCAAGGAACAAGUUUUUGAUGCCUUCAUUGAAGUGUCGAGAACUUCUGGUCAGAAGGAUAUCUCAUCACUCUGGCCAGCGGUCCUGUGUUGUCUUCGAGAAGAACAAAUUUAUGGCCUGAACUCAGAAUCUCAAACCCUGGGUCCAGGUCAGGUUGGUACUUGUGGCAGUCGAAGUAGUCAAAUGGAUUGGGAUUGCAGUAAUAAUGUCAAUGCUUGUUCUACAACUGCCUCAUUAAAUCUGCAAGCUUGCUCAUCAAAUUUGUCAAGUUCUGAGGUCGCUCAACCAAACAUGAGUGUGUUGAGCAUGCCUCCUCUUGGCGUUGGGGAGAGGUUUGAGGAUGUGUAUGAAGUCCUCCUUGUAUUAGAUGACCGUGAGCAGUUUGCAACUCAUGGGUCAAGAGGCAGGAAACUUAUUGAUGGGAUGUGCAAGGAGCACAGAAUAAAAGUAGAGGUCAGGCGGUUACCAGUUGGGGAUGCAAUCUGGCUAGCUCGCCACAAGUAUCAUUUUGAUGAAUACGUUCUUGAUUUCGUUGUCGAGCGGAAAAAUGUUGAUGAUUUGCGGUCAUCGAUUAGGGAACAUCGCUAUAGAGACCAGAAGUUGAGGCUUCAGAGAUGUGGGCUUAAGAAGCUGAUGUAUCUGGUUGAAGGCGAUCCCACCUCUUGUGAGGGAGCUGAUAGCAUAAAAACAGCUUGUUUUACGACAGAGAUUCUGGAGGGCUUUGAUAUCCAGAGAACUACCAGUUUACUUGAUACACUGAAGAAGUACGGCUAUCUCACCAAGUCCAUUUCGCUAUAUUACCGCUUGCUGUCAACUUGUGAUCGAUCCCAGCAGCGUGGCACCUGCCCACUCUAUCGCGAUUUCGUCAAGAGGUGUGAAGAACUUGACAAGAUGACCAUCAGUGAUGUGUUUGCUAAUCAGCUGAUGCAGGUUUCGCAAGUGACGGAGGAGGCUGCCAUGGCUGUUCUUGAUCUGUACCCGACGCUCCUCUCUCUUGCUCGGGCCUAUUCGUCUCUUGACGGUGACUUCCAUGCGCAAGAGAACAUGCUUAGGCAACAGAGCAACGACAUUGUAACUCCAGCUGCUAGCAGGAACAUUUUCCAGUUCGUAUGGGGAGAAUGAAUGGUUGGCCCAAGUGUGGGAAUCUCAAUGGUGGUCAAGUUAAAAAAUUACCAUGGACUAGUUUACACCAUUGAAGAGAAGUAAAGGCUCAAGUUGUAAGUACGAAAGAAAGCCUAGUCUUUAUUUUGGUGGCCAGAGCAGCUCUGAUUUUUAACGGAAGCCGCUUUGAUAGUUUUUUUUCAAAGGAUUGUAAAACAGUAUCAUUAUAUUGGAAAAUCCGUAGUAAGAAAAUUUAUGCCGAAAUUAAAGUUUAGUCAUGG